GCAGACGUUCGUCGCCAGGUGGCCAGGCCGAGGUGGUCCGGAGGAGUGGAGAGCGUCGGGACGGAUUCCGCCGGAAGCGGCGGGGGAUGUGGACGCGCUGCCUUCUUCUGCUGUGUCUGUGGGCCGCCCGCGCCCAUCGCCGAGACCCGGGUAUCUGUAGAUACGGCCAUCUCUACUUCCGGGAGGGAGCGGUUUGGGAUUUGGACGCCUGUCGGACUUGUUCCUGCGACCGUUCUCGACCAGUCUGUCGACGCACCCGCUGCCGAGAUCCUCUCUGCGACUUCUCUCAGGGAGAGGUUCUCCGCAUCUCCGCCGACCGAUGCUGUCCGGAAUGCCUGAAGCCCGGAAAUUUCUGCCUCCAUGGGGGAAAAGUAAUUCCGGAUUGGAGCCAGUGGAAGAAGUCCAAGUGCGAAAAUUGUCGAUGCCGGGACGGUACCGUCGUUUGCGAAAACGUCCGUUGUCCAGUCGCUAAAUGCUUACCGGGCCAGAUACUUUCUCGCAGACCGGACGAUUGCUGUCGAAAAUGUCUACCGCUCCAAAAUAGAUGUAUUUAUGAUGAUAUAUUGUAUGAAAAUGGAGAAAUCUGGUCAACAACAAACUGUUCCAAAUGCCAGUGCCAAGAAGGGGUUGUAAUUUGUUUUAUAGCCGAAUGUCCGGCAACCGUGUGUAAAGAGGAACAAAGUUUAGAAUUUUUACCGAGCGAGUGUUGUCCCACUUGUGUAAAUAAGCAUUGCGACGAUGGAAUAAGUAUUCGUAAAGAUGGUGAAAUAUGGAACCAAGAUCCUUGCACUGCUUGUGUUUGCCAAGUAGGUCACAUUGUUUGUCAUAUCCAAGAAUGUCCUCCAAGUCCUCCUUGCAAAAAUGGGCAGAUUUUAAGACAAAUAAAUGAUGACUGCUGUCCUUCUUGUGUUUCUUCAGAAGAACAUUGUUCAUUUGGUAAUAAUACUUAUUAUAAUGGAAAUUUGUGGUAUAACAAUGACUGUGAAUACUGUGCAUGUAAUAAAGGAAGUAUUGAAUGCAAAAAGGCUGUUUGUGAAAUUCCAACUUGUUCUGAGGGAAAAAAGUUAAUUCAUCAGAAAGGAAAAUGCUGCCCUGAAUGUAUUACAGAUUUUGAUGUUUGUGUAAUUGGAGACAAGUGGAUGGUGAUACAUGGAGUUAUGGUAAAUGUGGUUUAUGCUCUUGCAAGAAAGGAAGAAUUUUGUGCUUUCACUAUGACUGUACCAGAUGUAUCAAUAACAAUACUAUUGCUUUAAUAAAUUUUAAAGAAUGUUGUCCCAACUGUCAAAAAGGUAAAUUCUUUAAUUUUGAAA